AUGGGCCAGCAUGGCGCGGAGCCUGCAAAUAGCGUGUUGGUCAAGGGACUGUCAGUGGACGAGAUUCUCGACAGCUCUUGGAAACCCGCAAAGCGCUCUUUCCGUUGGGUUGGAAAUGGCGAAGAGGCGCUGCUCAUUGGCCACUCCAAGUCAAGCGCCGGCGAGUCUGAGUUCUCGGCACAGCGCGUUGUGGCAACUAGCGGCGGCGGACUGGAAAAGUUCCGGUUGGAGAAUUUUAUAUCCAGCCUGAAUGGCGCUAUAUCGUCUUCAUGUAUCUAUGAGGGCCAAGAAGUGACGCCUGAAGAUAUCUGGGUGGGUGACGAUGGACGGCAUGCGCUGAUCCUCUCAAACAAGACCCCAGAAUGGCGUCGUUCUUACCGCGCUCUCUACUGGCUGCUAGACCUCAACAGCACUUCGCCCACUCUAGAGGCCCUGGAUCGCGAUCAUCCGCUAGAAGAAGCUCAGCUUGCCAUUUUUUCCCCAACGGGGCAAAAUGUGGCUUUUGUUCGUGACGGCAACAUCUACCUUCGCCGGACGUACAACGCAACAACUGUGCCCGUUACUGCCGACACUGACCCUUCGGUGCACAAUGGCAUUCCUGGCUGGGGCUACGAAGAGGAGGCUCUCGAGAGCAACGUUGCGCUCUGGUGGUCCCCCGAUGGCAGGCACUUGGUGUUUCUGCGCACCGACGAGUCCAUGGUACAGAUAUACAUGAUGCAUCUCUACACGGCGGCGGAACAAAAUAGGCUAUAUACUCAGACUCGCCCGGUGCGGUAUCCGAAACCGGGUUCUCCCAACCCCGUUGUGAAUCUCCAGAUCUACGACGUAGAGCGCGGUCGUCUUCUCAACAUUGACUUGCCGGGUCAGCUCCCAGACGAUGAGCGCAUCAUCUUCAGCGUCGUCUGGCUCACUGAACAUCUGCUGCUCGUCAAGCAAACUGACCGCGAGAGCUCUGUUUUGAUGGUCUUCCUCAUUGACCUGCAGCGUGCGGGAAUGGCCACUGUGGAGGCCGAGUUGAUUCGCACCGAGUCUGACUUGAAGGAUUGCUGGGUCGAACCCAUCCGCAAGGCUCUCCAUUUUGUCCCAGCGGAUCCGGCACGCGGUAUCCCCGGCGACGGCUACAUUGACAUGGUUGUGCACGACGGCUAUAAUCACCUAGCUUACUUUACACCAUUACGGGCAUCAACGCCGUCCAAAAUUCUUACCUCAGGCCAGUGGGAAGUCGUCGAUGCCCCCACGAUGCUGGACGGAGACCAUGGCUGGGUGUAUUUUCUCGCGACGGUACCACAGCACCCGGAUCAGCGCCAUUUGUACCGUGCCAGUCUAGAUGGCCGUUCCGUGAUAGCGGUCACAGACGAUACGCAGCCUGCCUACUACGAUGUGUUAUUUGCCAGCGGCGGCCGAUAUGCCGUGCUAGAAUACAGGGGACCGGGCGUACCACGCACAUCCAUCAUUGUUUUGACGCAGAAUGCCCCAGAUAUUGUAGCUGACACGGAUCUAAAUACCGCACUCGUGGUCAAGGUUCAUGAGGCGGCAUCAAUGCUGCCCGAGCGCCGAUUUCAUUACAUGGAUCUAGGUAGUGGCAGUCUAGCGCCCAUCAUGGAACUGCUCCCACCCAACUUUGAUCCAGGGCGAAAAUAUCCGGUUAUUUUCAGCCCGUAUGGAGGGCCGGGGUCGCAAAGUGUAACGCAGCAAUUUGCCGUCAACUUCGAGACGCUACUCGCUUCACGUGGCUAUGUCGUUGUCAUUGUUGACGGGCGCGGCACAGGAUUUAACGGCCGCGACACCCGCUGCGUUGUGCACGGCCGUCUUGGUCACUUUGAGGCACUCGAUCAGAUCGCAGCCGGACGCCAUUGGAAGACUAAGGACUAUGUGGAUUCAAACCGUAUGGCAAUCUGGGGCUGGAGCUUUGGCGGAUUCCUGACUCUUAAGACACUGGACAUGGACGGCGGGCGCACCUUUGGCCUUGGCAUUGCGGUCGCGCCUGUGACUGAUUGGCGGCUCUAUGAUUCGCUCUUUACAGAGCGGCAUAUGCGCACUCCGAAUCACAAUGGGCCAGGGUACGAUGAAACAGUCAUUGCCAACAUGACAGCGCUUCGAGGCGUGCGACGUAUACUCCUCGCGCACGGCACCGCCGACGACAACGUUCACGUUCAGAAUACCCUGAUGCUGGUUGACAGACUAGUAGACGUCGGGGCAGUCAAUUAUGACAUGAUGUUGUUUCCGGAUGCUGACCACGCCAUUCGCUUCCACGGGGCGCGGAAAGUAUUGUACCAGCGAAUUCUAGACUGGCUAGAAAAGAAUAUGCUAUGGAAUUCAUGA